UCCUUCCUUGCCGCCCAUCAGAUUCCACCAUGGAGAAACUGGCUAACGCAAACACACAUUUUGCCCUUGAUCUCUUCCAAAAGUUCGGCGAAGCCAACAAAACAGGCAACAUCUUUUUUUCGCCACUUAGCAUAUCUUCUGCACUCGCCAUGGUUUCCUUGGGGGCUAAAGGUAACACAGCCACACAACUCUCAAAGACAUUUCACUUUGAUGUCAUCGAAGACCUUCACUCAAGAUUCCAGGCACUGAAUACUGACAUUAACAAGAGCGGUGCACCCUAUACAUUGAAGCUUGCUAAUAGGCUGUUUGGAGAAAAGACCUACACUUUUUUGCAGGAUUUCUUGGCUAGCACCCAGAAGAUGUAUGGAGCUGAGUUAGCCACAGUGGAUUUUCUAAAUGCUUCGGAUGAUGCACGAAAGCAAAUAAACCAGUGGGUUGAGAAUCAUACAGAAGGUAAAAUACGUGACUUGUUAUCCAAAGGCUCGCUGAAUGAACUGACCAAACUUGUUUUGGUAAAUGCCAUCUACUUCAAAGGCAGCUGGGCAGAGAAAUUUCAAGAGGAGGACACUAAGGAACUCCCUUUUAGACUCAGUAAGAAGGAAAAGAAGACGGUGAAGAUGAUGUUUCUGAAAAAGGAGCUUCCUUUCGGAUAUAUCCCUGAGUGCAAAUGCCGUGUGCUGGAACUUCCUUACAAGGGGGACAAACUUAGCAUGAUAAUCCUGCUGCCUGAUGACAUUGAGGAUAACUCCACUGGCCUGGAACAGCUGGAGAAGCAGCUCACCUUAGGAAAGCUCCAAGAGUGGACCCACCCAGGAAAAAUGUACAGCAACUCUGAAGUUAGGGUGCAUCUGCCGAAAUUUAAGCUGGAGGAGACCUAUGAUCUUAAAACUCCUUUGGGAGAAUUGGGAGUGCUGGAUGUCUUCGACAGCGGAAAGGCAGAUUUGUCUGGAAUGUCAGGAGCCCGGGACCUCCAUGUGUCCAAAAUUGUUCACAAGUCAUUUGUAGAAGUGAAUGAAGAGGGGACAGAAGCAGCAGCAGCAACCGCUGUUGUGGGAGUACUAUAUAGUAUGCCUUUGGAAGAGGAUUUCAACGCUGACCACCCCUUCCUAUUUUUUAUCCGCCACAACCCAACAAAUACUAUACUUUUCUUUGGCAGAUUUGCUUCUCCAUGAAAAGUAAAAUAAAUGGAGGAACCAAAUGCCCUUAGAGCUUAUUUGUUUCUUUGCUUUUUUUUUCCUUUGCUUUUUUCAGAGGGAGAGAAAGAAGAAUCAGUCCUGGGCACAAAGUUUUUCAAAAACCCAUUUAUAAGAGAAGUGGCUUUUCUUGUAUUCGUUUGCUGCCUGUCAUUAGCUAGCUUUUGGUUUAUUACAUGGUGCCAUUAUAGUAAAACUAUAAUGAGUUUUUACAUGAGUAGUAAAACUAUAAUGAGUUUUUA